AUGACGUUCGAUAACAAGCCAGAGGAAUGUUCAGUGUGUUAUAACGAUUAUGAUGACAAUCAGCUACGGCCUCGCACACUGCCGUGCGGCCACACAUUCUGCUCCCAGUGUAUUGACAAUGCUAUCGAGAAUGGUCAACUAACCUGCCCCAGCUGCCGUGCCGAGCAUGCUGCCACAGCUGCUACUCAGUUCCCAAUUAGCUAUGCUGUGGAGGCAUUUGUUAGGAAACUGAAAGAUAUCCAGCUAACACAAAAGAAAACUGUACCAGUAAAAAAGAAGUUAGAUUCCCUGGUGCAGGAGCAGAAGAGCAGUAUCAGCAGCCUCAUUACUAGCUGUGAAGAGGAUAACAAGCCAGAGGAAUGUUCAGUGUGUUAUAACGAUUAUGAUGACAAUCAGCUACGGCCUCGCACACUGCCGUGCGGCCACACAUUCUGCUCCCAGUGUAUUGACAAUGCUAUCGAGAAUGGUCAACUAACCUGCCCCAGCUGCCGUGCCGAGCAUGCUGCCACAGCUGCUACUCAGUUCCCAAUUAGCUAUGCUGUGGAGGCAUUUGUUAGGAAACUGAAAGAUAUCCAGCUAACACAAAAGAAAACUGUACCAGUAAAAAAGAAGUUAGAUUCCCUGGUGCAGGAGCAGAAGAGCAGUAUCAGCAGCCUCAUUACUAGCUGUGAAGAGACCAUAUCACAAGAUAUUGAGUUGCGUUUUGAGGAGAGGAAGUUUGUUCUUAAGUAUAUCGAGGUUCCCCAAGGUCAACUAUAG